AGCUUAGACAGCCCGCCCUCCGGGAACCCUUUCCCCACUCCUAGGGCUCCAUCAGGCCCUUCGAUAUCCCUGGUCAGAGCACACAUCACCCUGGACCGAAUUUCCUGCAGCCCCGUUGGCCUUUCCUCCCAGACCGUGAGUUCCUUGAAGGCAAGGACUGUGAGCAUGUGUUCAUUCGUUCAUUCCUUCAUCAGAUAUUUAUUGAGGACCCAGGUCGUGGCAGACAACACUGUGCUAAGCAGAACCCAACCAGUGGCCCCCAGAAUGUUCCUCCUGCUGACAGCACUUCAGAUCUUGGCUGUAGCCGUGUCACAGAGCCAAGGGGAUGAGAACAAGAUAAUUGGUGGCUAUCCGUGCAGACAGAACUCUCAGCCAUGGCAGGCAGCCCUACUGGCAGGUCCCCGGCGUCGCUUCCUCUGUGGAGGGGCCCUGCUGUCAGACCAGUGGGCCAUCACUGCUGCUCACUGCGCCCGCCCGAUCCUUCAGGUCGCCCUGGGCAAGUACAACUUGAAGAACUGGGAGGCCACCCAGCAGGUGCUGCGCGUGGUUCGCCAGGUGCCACACCCCCAGUACAACUCCCGGACCCACGACAAUGACCUGAUGCUGCUGCGGCUGGAGCAGCCCGCUCGGCUGGGGAGAGCAGUGAGGCCUAUCACUGUGGCCAGAUCCUGUGCCAGCCCAGGGACUUCCUGCCGUGUGUCAGGCUGGGGUACCACAUCCAGCCCCAUAGCCCAGUACCCCAACUCGCUGCAGUGCGUGAAUAUCAACAUCUUCUCGGAUCAGCAGUGUAGGCAGGCCUAUUCCGGAGCGAUCACCACAGGCAUGGUCUGUGCAGGGGUCCCCCAAGGCGGGAAGGACUCUUGUCAGGGUGACUCUGGGGGACCCCUGGUGUGCAAAGGAUAGCUCCAGGGCCUCGUGUCCUGGGGGAUGGAGCACUGUGCCCUGCCUGGCUACCCCGGGGUCUACACCAACCUGUGCAAGUACCACAACUGGAUUCAGGAAACCAUACGGAGCAAAUGAUCGCCAGUGUGACCAAACUUUAGCUGUUGGAUAUGCUUCCCCAGACACCGCUCUCUCCACUCAGGACCGGGGUCCGGGCCCCUGGCCUCUCCCCCUCCCCUAGACCCAGGGAGUCCCCGCCUCCGGCCCCUCCUCCCUCAGACCCACCAGUCCUGACCCCCAGCCCCUUCCUCCCUCAGAUCCCGUGAUCCGGGCCCCCAGCCCCUCCUCC